AUGUGUUUCGAAGCUGGCCGUACAUUUUUCAGAUUAGUACACUCGGAGAGAGCUGAAGCUAUAGGAAACAAAAUUCAUCCAUUUUCCCAGAUUGUAAGAGAUCAUGCUAAAUCUUCUUGACGUCGUUUGGAUAUUAUGCAUUGUUCCUGUUUGGGUCACUUAUCUCCUACUGACACAUUACCCAGAUAAGGUACCAGACGUGGUUGUGUCAGCUUUUCUAUAUGGAAAACUUUCAAAAAACAAAAGAGCAUCGGUUCUGGCGAGAAUAUCAAUUCCAAAAAGGUGCUUCACACAGUUUUAUGAGUAUGCAGUAGUCCUGUUUACCAUAUGGACCUUGGUCCUUUGCUGCAUAUCGAUCGGCCUCGGUGCUGUGCCGCGGAAGCUGAAAAUCACCAUGGACGUUCUCAUCCACAACCGCACCAUGAAAGUACCGUUUGCCAUUAUUUUAUGGACUCAACUCCUUCUAACUGUUCAGGUGGCUCGCCGUUGCUAUGAAUGUAUGUUCGUGAGCGUCUUCUCAAACGUUCGAAUGCACAUAUGGCACUUUGCAAUGGGUUUCAUUUUUUACACUGGUGUGCAAUAUUCAUUGUUAUCGCUGGCUUUGCCAGUUGCUCCGGAACUACCCGCGUUUUCGUUGUCUGACCUCUGGUCAAGUCAUGUCAUCUUAGGCAGCGUCAUGUGGCUAGUGGCUGUCUGGCUUGAAUACGACACAGCCAAGCGAUUUGCUGCCUUCCGCAAGAACGCAGAUGGAAAGAGGGUAUCAUCAAAGCACGUUGCGCCCUAUGGUGGAAUGUUUGAACUCAUUUCAUCUCCACACUAUCUUGCGGAGAUAAUGGUCUACACUAGUAUAACAGUCGUAUUGGGUUGUACCAAUCUGACCUGGCUUCUCAGUCUACUUUGGACCUAUGUCAAUCAGAUUGCCAUAGCUCUCCUUAAUCACCGAUGGUAUCAAGACAGAUUUAAAAAUUACCCAUCAUCCCGAAAGGCAAUUAUACCCUUCCUGCUCUAAAGUAGAUUGAUUUAGGAAUCCCAAGCUAUAGUUGAUUGACACAUAUGUACGCUUGGCUAUUGGUUUUAGUAACUAGAUCGGAUCAGGUGUGUACUAACGAAGAACGGGAAAAAGCUAACAAGUAAGCAAUAACAUACGGGGCAACAACUCUGCGGCUUGAACCCUCCACUAAGCGCUAACUCCAAUAUUAGGACAAAUACCAUAGCUUGAUUUUAGGUUCCAUCUCGAUAGCCAUACCCGGCCGCAGAGAGAGCCACAGUUAAUAAAGGAUUUAUGUAACAUAAAAUAAACGUGCUAUCUUUUUAACAAAAACAAACGUAUUUAGUCUAGAAUAUUCGAGCCUUUCUUCAUGUCGACCGUAUGCCGUUUCUUGAUUAGAUAAAACUUUAAUUAUUUACCGUAAUAAGCUCCAUUAGACGCGGGUUUGAAGCGCGCGAAUUAAUGAUACUUCAAAAAUGACUGAUCCUUUAUGGGAAAUCGGUGUUGUCACGAGACGAAUCAGUACGUGCGUGCGUGCGUGCGUGCGUGCGUGAGUGCGUGCGUAUUAAAA